CUACAUGCAUAUUACAGAGUUAUAUUAGUGCAAACUGAAAAGAAAUAAUAUUGUGUUAUUAAAUCUAUUUUAGUGUGAAAGUUUGUGAAGCUCAACAUUUGGAGUAAUAUUAUGCAAGGAUGCUGGAAACAGAGUUCUCAUCGAUGCUGGUGCAACUUUCUGAUGCAAUCAGCAAGAAAGGUGAAAAGUAUGUAGACCUGUUGAGGAUUCUGUACAGAGAUCUUGUAAAUGUUAAAUCAGAUUUGGAGAAAGCUAAGUGUGCAUUUGAUUUAUUUCAAUUGCUAAUAGCACCUGGCAUUUUGAAGCCAACAGACAUUUCAGUUUUGUUUGAAACAAUUGAACUAACUGGAUUGAAAUAUUUGAUAGAGAUAAUCAAGAGAUAUGAGACAUAUCCUGAUGAAGUGAAGAUCACUCGAUUUUCACGACAUCGUCAACAGGUUGUUGCUCUGGGAAAAGACUUUUCAGUUAAAGAUCUCCAGAAAGUUAGUCAGUUGUACGAAGGCAAUUUUUCUAGUCCAUGGAAACUGAUUCAACAUCUUGAAGAUAAAUCUGUUUUAACCGAAAAUAGUAUGUCAUCAUUUCUUCAGCGUUUGAAUGAGAAUAAAGUAAAGGAAUGUACAGAUUUUAAUCAACUACUUGUCAGAAUGUCCGAUGCAAUCAGCAAGGAAGGUGAAAAGUAUGUAGACAUGUUGAGGGUUCUGUACAGAGAUCUUGCAAAGUUCAAAGUAGACUUGGAGGAAGCUAAAUCUGCAUUUGAUUUAUUCCAAAUACUAAGAGUUGCUAACAUUUUGAAAGCAACAGACAUUUCCGUUUUAUUUGAAACGAUUGAAGUAACUGGAUUAAGGUAUUUGGAGGAGAUAGUUAAGGUGUACGAGACAUAUCCAGAUGAAGUGAAGAUCACUCAAUUUUCAGCACAUCGUCAACAUCUUGUUGCUCUUGGAAAAGACCUUUCUAGGAAAGCUGUUCAAAAUAUUGGUCGGGUGUACCAAGUUCCAGAUGAUUUCUGUUCUAAUCCAUGGAAACUAAUCACAUUUCUUGAAAGUGAGGGUAUUGUUUCAGAAGAUAAACUGCCAUUGUUUCUCACGAAUUUGAAAGGAGUUGGUAUUGGAGAAGAAUCAACAUCAUUAAGUUAGAGAACUCAACUGAUGACAUCUAAACAUUUAAUACUAAUAAUGCGUCACUCAAUCACUUUAAUGAGGAUUUAUUUACUUCUUUACAUCACAAUAAUUAUUUUCAAUAUACUUGUAACCUAUAUUUAGUUUCUGAAACAACAGUUAAUUUUUAACGAACAUCAAAAUAAAGACUUGCUCCAAGUCCUUUAUUAAUUUUUUUUCAUGCUGGACAGCGUCACCAACAACCAAGUUUAAUGUGAAUAAAAUUGCGCUAUUUCAAAAACUUCUUUACAGCAGGGUUUCUUGUUUUCUAUAGUACUAUUGGCUAGUCCCAAUAUAUGGCCAGUAUCACAAUGUAAACUGACUAGAAUUCAGGUGCUCACAUCGAUCAGUUUAUUUGU